GAGAACAUCGGCGUGGGAAGAGGGGGGAGGGAAGACGGGGAGGACAACGCAACUCACAUGCCAACCUGGCAGCAGGCUUUUCCUCCAGGAAGCAAAUCCCCGGCGUUCUCGGGGAACUCUGUCCCAGCCGCCACGAGGGGAUAAGGAUGUGGCACCGCCUCGACCGAACCGGCGGCGUCUGCAGCCCCGCGGCCAGCGCCCGCCCCGUCCGGCCGCUCUGAGCGGCGGUUCAGCACCGCGGACAGCGGCGACUCACAACCGCGGACAGCGGCAGCGCCAUGGGGGGCCGCGCAACGCCGCGCAGCGCUCCGCGGCUCUAGAGUGAAGCGGACCCGGCUCCGACGCGCUCAUGUUGAGGAGCAGCAACUCUAAAACCAUGCAUCGGCGGCACACAACGCUGCGGGAGAAGGGCCGGCGGCAGGCCAUCCGCGGCCCAGCCUACAUGUUCAACGAGAAGGGCACCAGCCUGACGGCGGAGGAGGAGCGCUUCCUCGACUCCGCCGAGUACGGCAACAUCCCCGUGGUGCGCAAAAUGCUGGAGGAAUCCAAGACUCUCAACUUCAACUGCGUGGAUUACAUGGGGCAGAACGCCCUGCAGCUGGCCGUGGGCAACGAGCACCUGGAAGUGACAGAGCUCCUCCUCAAGAAGGAGAACCUGGCGCGGGUGGGAGACGCGCUGCUGCUAGCCAUCAGCAAAGGCUACGUGCGCAUCGUGGAGGCCAUACUGAACCACCCGGCCUUCGCGCAGGGCCAGCGCCUCACCCUCAGCCCCCUGGAGCAGGAGCUCCGGGACGACGAUUUCUACGCCUACGACGAGGACGGCACUCGCUUCUCCCACGACAUCACCCCCAUCAUCCUCGCUGCGCACUGCCAGGAGUACGAGAUCGUGCACAUCCUGCUGCUGAAGGGCGCUCGGAUCGAGCGGCCCCACGACUACUUUUGCAAGUGCAACGAGUGUCUGGAGAAGCAGAGGAAGGACUCCUUCAGUCACUCCCGCUCCAGGAUGAAUGCCUACAAAGGAUUAGCCAGCGCCGCUUAUCUCUCUCUCUCCAGCGAGGACCCUGUCCUCACGGCGCUAGAGCUAAGCAACGAGCUGGCCAGGCUCGCCAAUAUUGAGACUGAGUUUAAGAACGACUACAGGAAGCUAUCUAUGCAAUGCAAGGACUUUGUUGUGGGGGUGCUGGACCUGUGCAGAGACACUGAAGAAGUGGAGGCUAUCCUGAAUGGAGAUGUGAACAUCCAUUUGUACCCCGACCACCACCGGCCCAGCCUGAGCAGGAUUAAACUUGCUAUUAAAUACGAGGUCAAAAAGUUUGUUGCUCAUCCCAACUGCCAGCAGCAAUUGCUCACCAUGUGGUAUGAGAACCUCUCAGGCUUACGGCAGCAGUCUAUAGCUGUGAAGUUCUUGGCUGUCUUUGGGGUCUCCAUUGGCCUGCCCUUCCUCGCCAUAGCCUACUGGAUUGCUCCCUGCAGCAAGCUGGGACGGACCCUCCGAAGUCCUUUCAUGAAGUUUGUGGCACAUGCAGUUUCUUUCACAAUCUUCCUGGGACUGUUGGUGGUGAAUGCCUCGGAUCGGUUUGAGGGAGUCAAGAACCUGCCCAAUGAGACCAUCACAGACCACCCCAAACAAAUAUUUAGAGUCAAAACCACUCAGUUCUCCUGGACGGAGAUGCUGAUCAUGAAGUGGGUAUUGGGCAUGAUCUGGUCAGAGUGCAAGGAGAUCUGGGAGGAGGGGCCACGGGAGUAUGUGGUGCACCUCUGGAACCUGCUGGACUUCGGGAUGCUGUCCAUCUUCGUGGCAUCCUUCACGGCCAGGUUCAUGGCGUUCCUCAAGGCCAGCGAGGCGCAGCAGUACGUGGAUCAGUACGUGCAAGACGACGACCUCAACAACGUCACCCUUCCCCCUGAAGUUGCCUACUUCACUUAUGCCAGGAACAAGUGGCUCCCCUCGGAUCCCCAGAUCAUUUCAGAAGGCCUCUAUGCCAUAGCUGUGGUACUCAGCUUCUCCCGCAUUGCUUACAUUCUUCCAGCCAACGAAAGCUUCGGCCCCCUGCAGAUCUCUCUGGGGAGGACUGUGAAGGAUAUCUUCAAGUUCAUGGUCAUCUUCAUCAUGGUGUUCCUGGCCUUCAUGAUUGGGAUGUUCAACCUUUACUCUUACUACCUUGGUGCAAAAUACAACCCUGCGUUUACAACGGUAGAAGAAAGUUUCAAGACCUUAUUCUGGUCGAUCUUUGGCUUGUCUGAAGUGAUAUCUGUGGUGCUGAAGUACGACCAUAAAUUCAUCGAGAAUAUUGGCUACGUACUCUAUGGAGUAUACAACGUGACUAUGGUGGUGGUGCUGCUUAACAUGCUAAUAGCCAUGAUCAACAACUCCUAUCAGGAAAUUGAGGAGGAUGCAGAUGUGGAGUGGAAGUUUGCUCGUGCCAAGCUCUGGCUGUCCUACUUUGACGAAGGGAGGACGUUACCUGCUCCUUUUAAUCUAGUGCCAAGCCCUAAAUCAUUUUAUUAUCUCAUACUGAGAAUAAAAAUGUGCCUCAUAAAACUCUGCAAAUCUAAGGCCAAAAACUGUGAGAAUGAUCUUGAGAUGGGAAUGCUGAACUCCAAGCAACGGAAAGUUCGUUUUCACUCUAGCACUCGAAAUGCAGACCAUUUUUCUGGGAAGAAUGCUUACACCAAGCCCACAAGAUACCAGGUGACAACCCUACCUCCCUCUGGAUUCUACUACCUUGGCCACCUUCAACACACCAAGAUCAUGAAGCGCCUGAUCAAGCGGUAUGUGCUGAAGGCUCAGGUUGACCGAGAGAAUGAUGAGGUCAAUGAAGGGGAACUUAAAGAGAUUAAGCAAGAUAUCUCUAGCCUCCGUUACGAGCUCUUGGAGGAGAAGUCGCAGGCCACUGGCGAGCUGGCAAAGCUGAUACAGCAGCUGAGCGACAAGUUUGGGAAGAGCUUGAAUAAGGACAUUUGAUGGUGAGCACAGGGAAAGGCAACUGGCUUCCUAAGCAUCAUUCAAUCUCAACCAGCAUCUCUGGAGGGCAAAAACCCACGUGGAGGAUGGCUGUGGCACGCUCAGCUUUUGCUCACUAGCAAGUAUUGGUAGGAGCUCUUUGCAUUACUCCUGUGCUUGGUGAGUUUCCAGCUAAAUCUUUGAUGAUACAAAAGGGACUUGCUGGUAAGAGGCAUGCCCUUUGGCACUGGGAAGAGAUGAACCACUGAGAAGGCAUCUCUAGUUAAAGGCAAAAAAACAAAGGGCAGA